CUUUGUUCAGAGGAGAAUAAGCGCUGAUCUACUUUGAUGACGAAGAAAAUAAGUUACCGUCCCAUUCUAAGAGGGAAGGUUCCGCCUUGCUUGACAAGAAAAGGAAACUUGAUCCCAAAAAUGUGCCGUUCAAGUCAGUGUCCAUCAUACUCAACUGAAAACCAAAGCGAGACUGAAUCUAAAGCUGCUAGAUUGUUCUUAAGAGGAAGAAACCAGAAUGACAACUUUCGAAUCCUCGAACGAAAGGGGAAAGAUCUGGGAACAUCUUCUGACGGAAAAUACUAUCAAGACCUUGCAAUUUCAAGAUCAGUAAACGAGGCUCUAUCAACAAAGAGCGUUGUUUAUCAGCUUCCGGCUCAGGACCUAAGUGUCGCUCUUGCAACGUUCCCAGAGUUCUUCUCUCAAGGACUGGCUAGUGAACAUAAGGUUUUGACUAAACGAGUCGACCCUAGUUUAACAAAUCAGGACUUUAAUGAUAGAAAAAGAAAUCUGUCGAGCGAAUACAAAGGACUGGCCCUGUGGUAUAUCCGGGAAUACGGAUUAUAGCCAUGCACUGUACUUAGAAAAAGAAACAAUGCAGCUUAUGAAGAUCCAGUGCUUCCAACAUAAACGUAAAUCAAAUCUGAAAUUUAUUUUUAAUUACUUCUGAUGAUUUAAGCCUAGUCAAGUCUUACGACAGCCUUAUUUCAGGCUAAUCGCGCACUACCCCAGAAUUCCUUGUGGUAGUCUCACACUCCUCUGCCAUUUCUAAUUCUCAACAACCCCAGGCCCUCACUGUAGCGAGGAAAUAUGAGCGAAGAAUACACAUUUAUUAAAAAAAAUCUUAUCAAAUUCUGAAUUAAAAAAAUCCUUCAGUGCUAUGAACUUAUGUAGACUAUUUUCGUCUUUUUUCACGGGCGUGACCGCAUUAAAUGCACGCUGUCCUGCCAUUUUGCCAUAGCUUAAGAUGGAC